AUGCAAGCUCCUCUUGUGGGAAAUCCUUUCGAUAACCAAGCCUCCUCGCCCACUAAUAAUGUUUUGUUGGUAUUGAAUAAUGAUAAAAAUAAAUUGGCUGAUCUGGCCAGACCGGCUGAGGAGUCAUUGAAACGUUUGACACGUAAUCCCGAUGUAAUGGACGAUAUUGUAGGACAAUUUCAGCAACUCGGUGGUGGCGUAACUCAACAAUUACUUCAGCAAGUCACUCAAACGGCCCCGGAAAUGUCUAGAUCAUUUGGUCAAGCUCUAAAUGAAGCCCUAUCACAGACUAGUCUGUUGGCACAAGCUGCACCGGGUAAUAUAGAUUUAACUCAACUGGCUCAAACUUUAAGUCAAUCUAAUUUACCAGGUAAUAUCGAUUUCGGUCAACUGGGCCAAAGUUUGAGUCAGUCAUUCAUAGUGGGUGCCGCACAGAAUCUAUUAAAUCCAGCUGGUGCUGCUCAAGCUGCACCUGAAGCUGCGGCCGCAGCAGCAGAAGAAGCAGCCGCAGAUGCUGAAGCGGACCCUGAAGUAGGUGCUGCUGCCGAAGCUGAGCCGGAACCAGAACCCGAGCCUGAAGCAGCUGCGGAAUCAGAAGCACCGGCUGCCCCUGCGCAACCCAAAAAUCCUUUUGAUCAAAUUGUAGGUAGUGCUCUCUUACCUCAAUUACCCCAGUUAUCACAAUUAAACUUGGGCCUACCACCACAAUUGCCCCUUGGCUUGCUUAGUCCUUUGGCUGGCUUAAAUCCCUUCAUGCCAUUAGGCUCAGAAAUCUCGGAAGUACGUGUAAUGCCUGAUCAAUAUUCACCCUAUAAAAUCUCACCCAGACCAGUGGAUCAUCAGACAUUGGCUGAAAUGAAACUAAAGGCUGUACUUAAAGAAGCUUUGACCAAGAAAACAAUACCCAUACUAUGGUUCCAUCUGUCCAGCAAUCACCAUCUCCAAAAAACCACCGAAGACUUAGAAAUAGAGGCAAAGCUGGAAAUUUUCGAGAAACAAGUUAUUGAGGAACUAAAGCAGUUACAGGAACUGUCCAAAUUGGCAAAUGAUGUGAAAAGAACUCAACUUGGAAAUGGUGCUCAGCCCACCGCAUCGUUGACAACAAAGCUCAAUCUUUAUGAAAUACCAGUUUAUGAAAUCACUUUGGGCGACAUAGAAAAGACUUUGAAGGAUGAACAUGUCAUUAUAUUAAUGCAUACGAUAAUGCAAAAUCAGAACAAGCAAUUCCACAGACACCACCAAGCUACCACAAAAUAUCUCACCGAUUUAACGGGUACACCCAUUAAACGUCAGACGAAAACUGCCGAGGACGCUCUCAAGACUAUGGAGAAGGAUGACAUGAUGAAAAUGAUGACUUAUGCUUAUCGCAUGGCGGCCAUGAAUGGUCACGAAAUGCCUUGGCUUAAGAACGAAAAGAUCAUGGGUUUGAAUGAAAAAGAUGCAAGCAAAACUACGAUGACCAGCCAACAACGACAAUCAGCGGAUGGAAAUAUGCCAAUGACAGCCGAAAGACAGUGGUUAGAGGAAAAACAACGUCAAAUGGCUGAGGAAAGAAGGCAAAAAAUGGACCAAAAUCAGUUUCGUCAAUGGGCUGAUCCCAAUAUGCAACAGCUGCCGCAACAACAGCCUAUAGAACGACAAUGGGCCAAUCCCAAUAUGAUGCAGCAACAACAAAUGCCCAUACAACGACAAAUGUUACCACCACAAAUGCAACAACAAAUGCCCAUACAAAGACAAAUGAUCCCACCUCAAAUGCUGCCACCAUUUCCUAUUCAAAACCAAAUGAUCGACCCAAAUAUGCAAUGGCAACCACAAGACAUUCAAAGACAAAUGAUGCCACAACCAAUGAUGUCCAACUUUGAUAGGCCACCCCAAAUGCCUAUGCAAAGACAGUGGGGUUUGGAUCCAGCCACUAUGCAGCAGCAGCAACAACCUAUGAUGCAAAGGCAAAUGACAAAUCCCAUGAUGCAGCAAACACAAUUUGCUGAUCCCAACAUGCAGCCGAUGCAGAGACAAUGGGCCGACUCAAAUAUGCCAGAGACUAAAGCUGCCGUUAAAACUGACCAACAGCCAGAACAAAGACAAGCUGCCGAAGCCAAAAUGCCUGAACAACAGUCGGAACAAAGAAAAUGGGCAGAACAAAAAGCAUCAGACCCAACUGGAGCCCUGAAAAAAACCGAUCAACAGCCCGAACAGAGACAAUGGAUUGAUACAAAAACCAACGAAAAAACGGCAGCUAAGACAGAUGCGAAUAUGUCGCGCAAGAACGAACGUCUUGACAACAUGCCCGUCGUGGGUGAGUCUAAACCUCAGAUGGCGGAAAAUGCCGGCAAGGGCCGACAUAAAGGUAAUCUUUUUGGUGUAUUUCGUCAUAAUUUCAAUCAUUUUAACACAGAUUCUUUUCAUCAUAAAACGCGUUCAGGUAUGGAAGAUUUGUUCGAUGAGCUUGAUGUCUUUGAUCAUGGCAAGCACAAGGGCAAGGAAGCUGCCAAAGCACCACCAACAAUUAUUAAUUACUACUACAGUACUGGUGGCAGUAGUUAUCCACCGGUGUAUGCACCAGCUGGCAGUUACCAAUCAGCACCUCCCGCAGCACCACAAAGUUAUGGACCUCCACCAGCAGCCCAAAGUUAUGCACCAGCUGGCGGUUAUGCCAGGCCUCCACCACCACCAAGUUAUGCCGCUGCUCCUCAGUAUAAACCAGGUGCCGGUCAUUAUGGUGGCGCUGCUUAUGGCUCGAAUGCUUAUGGUUCACAUGGUGGUUAUCGUUCGGCUACUGGGGAUGACGAAAUUGCCGUUAUGUUGCAACAAAAUCAACCUAUGCCGAAAAUGAUGAUGAUGAUGCCCCAUGAUGAAGAACCAGCACCGCCCACUAUUACAACCAGCAACACAGCAACAGCCACGGAAAAUGACAUAAACAAUGCCGAACACCCAAAUAUAAAUCACUCUAAAAGGUUAGCAAAAACAAAAAAUACAGAAACAAAUCUCAAUCCAGCACCUGCUGCCUAUAUAGUAGUUAUAAAAAACAGUACAAGUAAGUCUGGUAGUAGGUCGCGUAGAAAACGUUCAACGGAAUAUGCCACCCUAGAGCCAAUCGAUGAAAACUCUUUAGAUGCUCUGCGUAAAACGUAUAAGAAUUCUUUAAAAGAAAUUACCCUAAAUCCUAAUGAGACUCCAGCGGAGGCUUUAAUGCGUUAUAAUGCUGAAUCGAUAAGGGAGGCUUUGCAGAAGGCCAAUCAACAGCCAAUGGAAAUAUCAGCAGGCGGGGAACAUGAAGAACAUAAGCAGGGUCAGUUAGUGAAUGAAGUGGCAAUGAAACAGCAGCAGGGUCAGCAACUGCCUCAAGGUUAUGCUUUAGGUAAUGAUCAAUAUAUGCCAGUGUCAGCUGGACCUCAAUCUCAAAUAAAUAAUGGGCCUUACAUAACUUUGCCGGUGCCUAUACAACAAGCCGCACAACCUUUAUCAGUUGCCUACAACCAACAACAAUCUGCCUAUGAUACGUCUCCAAAUCAGGGGGCCUUCUAUAAUAAUUUUAUAACAAAAUAUAAUACACCUGCAGUAUACAGUAGCAAUAGCAAGAUGAUAACCCAAAAUCCCUUUUUAUCCAUGUACAACUCUUUGGAAUCUGUGCCCUACAUAGAUGAUUACAGUGUCAGCAAUCAACAAUAUCAGCAAGCAAAUCAUAAUAUAGUAAAUAACGCUGGGAAAGCUUCUAAAUCUAUAGUAUAUCAAAAAUCUUACACACAGCCUCAGUUAACCUAUAAUCAUUUAAAUACUCCGGCUACCAAAUCCUCAAAUAUGAUUAACAAAAAUGUGCAACACAUUUAUACCUCCGGCCAUCAUCAAAUCAAAGAUUAUGGAAAAGCGCCAUAUGGAAACUAUGCAACUGAGUUGCCACCAACAAAAAAUCCCUUCAGUUUCUCUAAUAACAUAAAUAAAAAUGGUCAUAUUUCCAGCUAUAGCCCGGCCAGACAACCAAAUAUAGAAUUAACCAAUCACUACAAGUAUGAAAGAGCUCAAGAAUCGUCUUCGUUUGAGAAUUUGAUGGCUGUCAUUAAGGAACGCUUGGCCCAAUGUUGUAAUGAAUGCAAGGACAACAUUUUAAAGGGUCUAGACGAGACUUUAAAACGAAAACAUUAUGGAAGUGGUGAUAAACUGAAAAUUUUGGAAAUAAAUGUGAAGCCUUAUGCCACCAUAACUGAAAAGCCACAUAUUUUGACCUAUCGCAAACCCAGCAGAGAGGAAGAUUUUGAAUAUAAGCAAUGGUUGACGGAAAUGUCUGAAAAGGGUUAUGAUAGAACUUACCUAACCAAACAGCAUCAAAGGGAGUAUUUAAAAGAUGGCAAACUACAUUUGCAUAUGGCGGAUGAGAGCAGCUACGGUCCUGGAGAAGAGAAAAUAUUUUACAAAAAUAAUCAGUCCUAUAAAAGGGAAACUACCGUACCUGAAACAGAUAUUCAAACAGAAACAGAGCCGGAAUUAGUCACAGAUCCUAUAGUAGUUGAAAAUAAGAUUGAAAAAAUAGAACAAGAAGAGGAUGAAGUGGAGGAGGAGGAAGAAGAAGAUGAAGCAGAACCGGAACCUGAAGAAGAAGAAGUGGUGGAAACGGUUUCAGAACCAGACAAGGAAACCCCUAUUGUAAUUAAAGAGGAAAACUCCAAUAAAAAAAUUGAAAAAGAAACUGAAACAAAACAAGUUCAAGAUAAAAACGAAACCAAAGUCAUAGUGAAAAAAGAAAAACCACAAAAUUUGAAUACUACCAAAGCCAUGGAAACUGCUGAAUCUACCACCCAUAGUGUGUAUGCCCUAAGAGGACAAUUUCGUUCAAACAAACGCAAUCCUAUGCAAUUUGCCCUAAAGCAGGGCAAACAAUUUCACAAUUACAAAAAUAUCAACAAACUAGGCAGUGCCGGCAAUACUAUAACAAAAUCGAAUGGCAAGACAAAUUCAAUAGAUAAAAAUGAUAAAUUAGAGGAAAUACUUGAUAUAUUACAUGAUCUAAGCAAGCAUACCAAAGACAAAACAAAAGAAACUAGCAAAGAAGAAAGCUCAAAGGCCACUCCUGCUAUAGACAACACAACUAAGCCGGCAAAUGCUACAACACCUAGUCCCACAUCGAGCACUAACAGACCACUAACAACUGCCUCUACAGUAACUGCUAAUGGUAUUUCAAUUCCUGUGGAGAAACCUAAAAAACUAAGUCGCCGAAGAGCUAGACUUUCAUCGAAAAGCCGAAAAUUGAAACAUACGGCUAGCAAUCAAACAUUGUCAUCAUUGCCAUCCCCUACUUCCACAUCCUCAUCAACAAUAACAAUAUCAUCUUUGUCGCCCUCAACGUCUUCAUCGCCAGAAAGUUCAAAUAAUUCUGAUUCGGGACCCGAAGUUGGUUCUCUUUUCUCCUUCGAACCGCAUCUUUUGGAACCAUUUAUGGGUUUACACAGUGUCGACCAUGCAGAUGAUCCUUGGCAUCACAAAGCCUAUAAUCCAUAUCAACCCAUAUUUACGGGAGGUGGGACAUUUGAGGAGUACAUAAAGUCUGGACGUUAUAAAAGAGAUCUGACAGGAUCACCAGCUUCUACAACAUUUUCCAAAACUCGUAAUGUUUUAACUCCCGACAUGUUGGAACGUCUGCUGCGUAUUAAAUCUAGUUUUCAAAAGAAUUAUCCUGUACUGUAUAAAUCAAUGAUGGGUCAAUUAACAAAUGGUAAAUCGACAACGAUUACGGUAACACCGCCGGAAGUACCACAACAUGUUUCCUAUCGCAAUGUGGAAUUGGCAGCCGCCGAAAUAAAUCCCUUGGAAACAUUGAUAGAUACCUAUCAGGAAGAUUUGCAAAAUAUUCUGGCAGCACAACGGCAAAAGCAACAGCAACGAGAAUUCCAUGAUCCCUUAAUAAAGCCCUAUACAAAUGAGUUCAAUUUCUGGGGUAACUCACAUGAAGUAGUCACUUCAAACACGCCCCAAGAAGAAACACAUAUUUUCCCACAAACACCACAACAAUUGGCUUUAAAUUCGCAUAAUGAAGAAUUGAGUUUUUGGGAAAAUCCUCAGGAAACUCUUAAAACAGCAGAAGAAGAAUCCACAUUGUUAGCAAGCCCCGAAAAACCUGCACUAAAUGAACCACAAAGUUAUUGGGAGAAUUCCCAAGAAACUCUGAAUACUUUAACAGAAGCACAAAAGUUUUUAGAACAACCUCAGGAAAAUAUAAACGACCACUCUAUUAUUAAACAUAAUUCCCAGGAAAGUGUAAAUGAACCCCAAAGUUAUUGGGAAAAUUCUGAGGAAACUUUAAAAACAUUAAGUGAACAACCUGCAUUUUUGGAUAAGUCUCAAGUUACAUCAGCAAUCGAACAACAAAACUUUUGGGAAACACCUGAGGAAAUUGUAAGCGAUGUUCAUAAAUUACCCCAGGAAACACUGAGCUCUGUAAAUGAAGAAGAAGAGUUUUGGGAGAAUAGUCCUCAAUUAACUCCAGACACAUCUGUGGUACAAAAACGUAGCAGUUUUUGGGAUGAACUAGAAGCAGAAGAACAUGAAAAUGAACGGGAACAACAUAAUUCGGAUGAUUCAGAACCCAUUUUUGACUUUGAUGAAGAUUUUGACUAA